GAUUCAACUAACUUUUUUGAUAAUAAUAGCAACAAUAAAAAGGCUUUUCUUGAAAGCAACGAUGACAUAUCGAUUAGCUUAAAAUUUUCUGGAAGAAAAGAUGACAUAAGAUCAGCGCUUGAAGACAACUUAAUUGGUUUAAUAUCAUCAAUCAAAUAUCAUAACUAUGUUAAAUUAAAUAAGAAAAUGGCAAUCCAAACAUUCUGA